CUUGAGUGUCAUUUGAUCUUUUCGUGUUUAAACCUAGGGUUCAGGGUUUCUCAGGAUGAUGGAGUUUCCGAAAACAAUAAAUAUUGGGCUCUGUGUGAUAUGCAUUGUAGUCUAGUAAGAGCAUUUAGGUCUUGGGCUGUUUAUACGGCAGUGUCCUAGCAUUUUAAUUUUUCUUUUAUGUUUUGUCUUUUCUCAUAAAGCCUAUGCAUCAAGGGAAAGCAUAGUUCAAUAGACGAAACGUGAAUAAAAGCCAUCGUCCUAUUUCCAGGUGAUAUAAAAAUAUUAUCUCUCUCUACCACUCUCCAAAAAUAAUUAAAGAAAAAACAGAACUGCUGCACAAUCUUUUACGUCCUACGGUAUCAGUAGUUUGUACCAUUGGUGAAGAAAUACGCCUUUUUUAACGGUUCAUGUUCAGUUAACAAAUGAGAUUAUCGGAAAUUUAUGGGUACGUACCAACAAAAUGGUUAAGCGUCAUAGCAAUUGUUUCCUUUACCAUUUGCGAAAUUAUCAAUCUAUUGGAAAUAAUAAAGCAUCAAAGUCGUGCUUCAAUUGCUGCUUUCAUUGGAACCAUUGGUGAGAUAAUUUCCUGGAUCGUCCGACUUUAUGCCUCCUCUCACAAUAACGAUGAUACAGACAUUGUUCCAGACAUCAUACAAUGUGUUUUGAUCAUGGAUUUUCCUGUUUUCUACACUGCACAAAUGUGUACUGCACUUAAGCAUUUAGUUACGCAAUAUGGAGCCGAUAUUGGUGUCCUUGGCCAGAGACUCUAUGGGCUCGCUUAUAUCACUAGUGAUGUCAUUUCCUUGAUCAUACAAUUUGCGAGAAUUGAUACCGCUACUGAAGAAAACAAAGACGGUAGGAAAGAACAUGCCGGUUCUGAUAUUAUCUUGCUUGGUAUCUUCCUACAACUUGCGACCGUGCUCGCUUUCGCCGUCUGCAGUGUUGAUUAUUGGUACCAUCACCAUUAUAUUAAACCCUAUAACCCGGCUUACGAGCUUAGCUAAGGUAACAUAUUGAUUAUUAUAACCCGUUUCCAAUUUCACGCCGGGAAAGAAAUAAAAGGAUGAGUCACAUUAGACUAUUUGAUAAUUUAUAUGAUAUUCCGUUUUGAAG